AUGACGGUGCCCACGUUGGCGCACCGCUUCUCUGCCGGCCGGUCCACGCACGCGCCGUCGCCCUUGGGCGUGGACGAGCCGGUCACCCCGCCGCGGCCCCCGCCGAACGCGCCGCCCUCGUCCGGGCCGGCCCGCGCGCCCGCCGCCGUCGCCAGCAGCACCCACGCGGCCAGCAGCCCGCCGCCGCGGUGGCGAGGAGGGCGCAUGGUGCUUCGCUCCGCCAGCUGCGACCUCUCGCCGCUGAGCCGCUGGCAGCGCGCGCUCGCCCCCACCGGCGAUGCGCGGCAGUGCCGCUUCCCCAGCCGCUGGGAGGGCGCGUGGUUCCAGUCAGGCGUGCGCCAGCCCAUCUACAUCGAGCGCGACCGCCUCAGCAGCAAGGGCCGCUGCGUGGCCUCCGAGGGCGACAACAAAGGCGUAUGCUUCCGCUGUGUGGUCAUUCAUGAGAAGCAUAUCAACGUGUUGCAGUAUAAGGAAACGUUCUGCCACCCGCGCGAGUCGCUGCCGACGCUGUGCUCGCUCAUCACGGGCGACGCGCUGCUCUACUCCAUGUUCCGCGUGGACGCCGCACCGGUCGUCUGCCCCUUCCGCGGGCCCUUCACCUUCACGUACAACCGCGGCCACGGCGAGUGCGCGUCGCCCGUCUCCAGCAUCGACUCGUGCACUGAGGACUCGCGCCUGCUGCUGCGCUACCAGGCGUGCCCCGACGUGCACGGCACCGAGAGCACCGUGGAGGAGCUGCAGUGCCUGGCCACGUGGAAGGAGGGCUCGUCGCGCUACCUGGUGGGUAAAGUUCACCACAGCCACGCCACCAGCAACGAGGACCGCUACCGCUGCUUCGUCUACGAGAAGUCCAACGUGGUCAGCCUGGGCGGUGACGGCAUCAUCGGAGGCGGUGGCCCCGGG